AUGGAUACUACUUCCAUAUUGAUGGAAUUAUAUCAACCGCUAAAUUUUUUAAUGCAGGGUGCGAUAUCUAUUAUAAAUAUGUUAAGUAAAAAGAAAGGCUCUAUGAUUAUUUUAAGAAUCCAUUUUCUAUCUCUUAUAAUGUUGACAGUCCAAAUUUUUUUGAGGAAUGUAAAGAGUAUUACAGAAAAUCCUGAUUCUAUUACCUCCACUGGUACAAAAGGUGGCAAUGCCUUUCUUGGAUUAGUGGUAACUCCUAUUACCUCUGGUGCUUUAUAUAAAGUAUGUGGAUAUUUAUUUAUAACAAAUAAUUUUUGUAUUCAUGUUCAAAAUUUACAUUACCUGUCUAUUUACAAUUAA